AUGGCGCCCACAUUUUAUGUUGGUUCGGAGGCUGGGCUCAAGAAGCUUGAUGAAUACCUAUUGUCUCGCAGUUACAUCACAGGGUAUCAAGCUUCAAAGGAUGAUCUCACUGUUCAUGCAGCUUUCACAAAACCCCCAUCACCCCAGUAUGUGAAUGUAUCUCGUUGGUUUACUCAUAUCGAUGCCCUUUUGAGGAUUUCUGGUGUGUCUGCUGAAGGCAGUGGUGUUGUUGUUGAGGGAUCCGCUUCUUUCCCAGAAGAAGCCAUUGCAACUCCUCCUAUUGCUGAUACAAAGGUUGUAGCUGAUGAAGAUGAGGAUAGUGACGUGGAUCUUUUUGGUGAGGAGACUGAGGAGGAAAAGAAGGCUGCUGAAGAACGUGCAGCUGCAGUGAAAGCAUCUGGGAAAAAGAAAGAAUAUGGGAAGUCUUCAGUGUUGUUGGAUGUGAAGCCUUGGGAUGAUGAAACUGACAUGCAAAAGCUUGAGGAAGCUGUUAGAAGUGUUCAAAUGGAGGGCUUGCUAUGGGGUGCAUCAAAGUUGGUGCCAGUUGGAUAUGGUAUUAAGAAGCUCCAGAUUAUGAUGACAAUUGUGGAUGACCUGGUGUCUGUUGAUACAAUCAUUGAAGAAAGGCUUACUGCAGAGCCAAUUAAUGAAUAUGUUCAGAGCUGUGAUAUUGUGGCCUUCAAUAAGAUCUAA